AAAGAGGGGGUUGAAGUGAAUCUCUAACCCUAAGGAUAACCAACCAACCAAACCCACCACCACCACAAUAAACGGGGUCAGAGAUCACCGGGGUCUGCCCGGUAUAUAGUCUGCCAGAACACUUGCUGCUUGUUGUCUUAUUGAAUUCUCGCGACAACCCCCUUCGAUCCCUCCCUCCUCUACUUUUAUUCCUCUCCCUCAGUAAAUCACAAACAAUGGCAACUGCUGCACCUGCUGCUGGCAAUGCCGCAGCUUCCAUCCUGGGUCUCAUGGGCUCUGUCAAGGAAAAAUGGGAAAGCAGUGGUGCCAGCCGAGCUGUGAGCGAUGUCUACGCACAAGUUCCCCAGGGUACCAAGGAUUAUUUUUCCGCUGCGUCUCAGCAGCUCUUUAGCCGUCAACAUUUGAGGCCAGUCUCGGUGGUCUUUGGCAUUGGCGAAGAAAGACCCUUCUACGUGGAACGAGCUGGCACUCUUUUGGUGGAGCGUGUACGCCACAAUCUUUCCUUCUUCUACCUCAAUUACAUGUUGUUGAUGGCCGUCCUGUUCACAUUGACCCUCGUCAUUAGUCCCACUGCUAUUAUUGGAAUCGGAUUGUUGGGAGCUGCCUGGAUUUACAUGAUCCGAUCAGCAACAAAUGGCCAUAUCAAAAUUGGAGCCAUUGAUAUUCAACAGAAACACGCCACCAUUGCAAUGAGCAUCAUCAGUGUCAUUGUCCUCUUUUGGCUCCUUCAAAAGAUCUUCUGGUGGACCCUCUUUUCCUCCGGCUUCCUAAUAUUGGCCCAUGCACUAUUCAGAGACGCCUCGUUGCAUAAGGAUUCAGAAGAUCAAGUGGAUAUGCAGGGCGAAAUGACAUUGGCACCCACUAGUACAGGAGAGGAUGCUGCCUUUUUGAAAAACAAUGAUCUGGCCUAACACGAGGACAAUGACAACACAAGGAUGAACAAAUUCCAAAGGAAGCUGAACGAUGCAACAAUCAUUGCAACUAGAUUGGUGAUACCUCCAGUUGCAAGAAGUCCAAGGUCGGUGCUUCUUCUUUUGGUGGAGAUUGGUGGAGACUGGUUUCCAUAAUUGCACAGAUGAACGAUUUAGCAUGGUUGCGGAACUGGCGUAUAUUAUUUAUAGGAUAUCAACCAUAAUCCAAGCUCUGAGCCAUUGUAGAACUUUGAUGGGCGCUUCUCCGUGGACCGACAACGCACCAUGCCAAUGCAGGGCU